AUGUCUGACCCCGAGCCCUCGGCCGUGGCUUUCUCGUCCUCUCCUCCAUCGACACAGGCAUCAGACUCGGCCGCUGCCUCUUCUAGCUACGCCUUUCUCAUCCAUUCCCAAAAAACAUUAACCCAGAACCUCCCGCCCCGCGUGGACAAUAAAUUGCUGGCACGGCAGAAGCGACGUCGGACUAGUCCCGAAGAUCACGCUAUUCUCGAGGCAGAGUACCAACAGAACCCCAAGCCGGACAAGGUAUCACGGGCAAGCAUAGUGAGCCGCGUCUCUCUGGGUGAGAAGGAAGUUCAAAUCUGGUUCCAGAACCGUCGUCAGAAUGACCGUCGAAAGUCGAAACCACUCCAGGCUCACGAGCUUCUUCCUUCCUCUCAAUCCGACGAUAAGCCGGCGAGCGACGAUAGCAUACCUGCAAAAGUGUUAGAGCAAGAUAACGAGAACGGUGAUGGCCAUGUUCAGACCAAGGCACUCCCGGAGGGCGAUUCAUUUGCAUCAGAUGGAGUAGACAAGGAGGAAGAGCAGCUCGGUGGAAGCUCACAAACGAGUGUUGGCACGUCCGAAUGCCCGGAAUCUAGCCAACCGGCUGAAUUGCACGCAGUACAAACACCAAUUGACGCGUCGAGCAAUGAGCUUUUGCAGACCUCCGCCAAGAGGAAGCGAGCUGGGUCAGAUCUUGGAGGGACAACCGCAGAGCCUGCCCCAGGACUAAACACCCCAAAGUCACCGCCGUCAUUGAGGUUAUCCCUAUCGUUCGACGGAGAAGCCAUGGUUCGCAAGGAGGACGAAUUAACCCCGUCCCCUCCUAAAGGACGGAAUUCACUUCGAAUCUCGAUGUCUGCAGACGGAAAGGCAGUCAUCCGUGCCAACGGCGAACCGUCGCCAUCCAAAAACCGCAUCUCUAUGUUCUCUGCUCGCAAGCCUAGAGCAGGUGGUCUUCGAAGAAGCACCAGUGCUGUUGUCCUGGGUACCCCUCCCAGUUCACUAGAGAAAGAAAGGUCGUUUGGGAGGUCGCGUGACCCUCGAAACUGGGAGUCGUUCUUCGAUACAGACGCGAGGAGUGCGCUGUCCACGCCUUUCAGCUCACAAAGCACACCAAACUCUGCUGCAUUACGAUCCAGCGGCCAACGUUCGCUGACCAGAACCCUAUCUGCGAGACACAACUCCCUCCUGACACCCCCCUCCGAACACCAGGGCACACCAAUCAGCCAAGCAAUGAGAGAAAAGCGGCGGAAACUCUCCCGGACUGUCUCUUCGCUGGGACGGCUGGAAACUGGUCGCAAAGUCCUAGGCGAGAAACCACCAUCCACACUGAAGAACUCCAAGACCCCCAAAGACGACCUCGACAUCGAAGAUGGCGACUCCGACAAGGAGAACUGGAUCCCUGGGACUCGCGUAUCCCAGUCGCGCCGACGAACAGCUUCACACCAGGCUCAACGACCGGCUCUCACGGAUUCCAACGGACGAGGCAACGGAACGAAUACCAAAGCUCAAGGCCGGCCACGACUGCCACAACCAUCGCACCGGAAAGGCGGAAACACAAAGUCGCUGUCUGGUCUAGCCACGGACGUCACCGAAUUCAUGGCCAGCGAAAACACAGCAAGCCAGGACGAGGACCUGGACUGCAUCCAAGGGCUGUUAUCCUUGAGCCAAGGUGCAUGGCGAUGA